GUCAUUAUAGAAAGUGAUAAAAAAGUCGCCCGUUUCAAGAAGUGCACCGAAACAUACCGACUAAUUUGCCCCCUUCAACGAUACACUCGUCGUGAAAUAAUUUUGUCAAUCAUGGGAUUCGGUAGUGAAAUCAAAGAAACUUUGACGACGGCACAGGAAGUUCUACGAUUACUAGGUUCUCGGAAUACCCUGUAGAUUAAGAGCCCUGCAUAUCUCCUGCAAAUUGAUCUCAUUUCAUAUUUUCCACCGGAGUUAUUGACGUUUUUUCUACGACAGUUGAGCGGUUUCUCCAAGUCUUCCGUCGUUGAUUCAAACAGUAGACAAUUUUUAUGCCAUAAUAUUCACAUCAAUUAAUUGCUUGUGAAUACACAAAUACCGUGAUUACUUAAUUUCAAUUGUUACGUUAACAAGCCAAACAUGCCCAGUGAACCAUCGGCUACCACCGGAGGCAAGUGCAGUAAAACCAAAAGAAUUUCAAUACCUCGAGUUCAAAGUAGCACUGACACGGAGCUACAGUCUCAGCAAAGUCAAACUGGUUCAACCCCGCUGCAGCCAACAACCUUCCACUACGUCAGUUUUCGCUCGGAUUUAGAGGAAGGAAUAAUACCGCAAAUUUUGCGCUCCAGAUUGCAUGAGUCAUUUCAGCAAAUAGAAAAAGAAUUCGAGAUGUUGUACACAGAAAAUAUUGCACUACAAGAAAAAGUGGAUUUAUUGAAUGAAAGAUUGGAAAGAGAAUGCUAUGGUUCCGGAGAACGUAGUUUACCUCCAGGUGAUCUGACAGACUAUCCAGAUACAAAGAAUCUUGCUAAACAGAAAUCUAUGGGUGGAGGUUCAGCUCAGAAAGUGAAGGCUUCGCAUAAGCUGAAAGCUCAAACCAGCAAGAUCGUUUCUAGCUUCAAGAAUCCUACUAUGUCUUGUACUAUGCAAAGGGAGUAUGUCGGUCACAGAGACGGUAUCUGGGAAGUAACAGUAGGCAGAUCGGGGCAACCAAUAAUUGCUACUGCAUCGACAGAUCACACUGCACGUGUCUGGGCAAUAGACAGUGGUCGCUGUCUUUUGCAGUAUACAGGCCACAACGGUUCUGUGAACUCUGUAAGAUUUCAUCCAAGCAGAGACCUAGCACUGACUGCCAGUGGGGAUUGCUCUGCACAUGUAUGGCAAGCUGCAGUCAAUUGGGAACAAGCAAAAAGGCAGCCCUCAUCCGAGGAAAUUGCUGGUGUCGUUCUUGACAGGGCAGCAACUGUUAUCGGUUCCAUAGAUGAACAAGAAGAGCCACCUACCCUCAGAACACCGGUAAGGGAACUGGUGGGACAUUCAGGUGUAGUGAUAGCAGCUGACUGGUUGCCAGGAGCAGAACAGCUGGUUACUGCUUCCUGGGAUAGAACAGCAAACUUGUAUGACACAGAAACUGGGGAUGUAAUUCACACUCUCUGUGGGCAUGAUCAAGAGCUGACACAUGUUUCCACGCACCAUGUACAUAGGCUUUGCGUCACAUCCAGCAAAGACAGCACUUUUCGGCUGUGGGACUUCAGGGAACCUAUUCAUUCGGUGUCGGUUUUCCAGGGGCACACGGAAACGGUGACAUCCGCAGUAUUCACUAGAGAAGACAAAAUAGUAUCUAGUUCAGAUGACAGGAGUGUCAAGGUCUGGGAACUGCGCAACAUUCGUAGCCCUUUAGCAACGAUUCGGGCGGACAGCGCGGCAAAUAGAUUGGCUGUUUCCAGCAGUGGUGUGGUGGCUAUACCUCAUGACAAUAGGCAGAUCCGACUCUUUGACCUGAGCGGACAACGGUUAGCCCGACUACCGAGGACCAGCAGACAGGGGCACAGAAGAAUGGUUUGUUCGGUUGCUUGGGCAGAAGAUGGGGGGAUCUGCAACUUGUUUUCUUGCGGCUUUGACCGACUGGUCUUGGGCUGGAGCGUUCUUCCUAUUAAAGAUGUCUGAUAAUAUAUCUUCCCAGUGUCUAUUGCGCCAAGACCUUCACCACUGUAGCAUUGUCAUAAUUGAUUAAUGCUGGAUGUAUCCCCACAAUGUUGCUGGCAACAUAGCCAUAUGCGAACAGUCCCCCAGCCAACCCUACCAGCGAACCGCUUCGCCCACUUUCACAGACCACUAAAACAGUUGUCAAAUUUAUCUACUUUAUUGUAUAAUAUUAUGAUUGUUGCAAUGUACCAACCAUAUCUGUAGUGAAUAAAUAUAUCUAAAUACGAAAA